GAUCAUUAAGUGGUUAAGGCGCUGCGAAGCCUUCACUAUCGAUCGCUGCCUCCCCACCUCCGGCUGGGAGCCCCCGGGCUGCCCCCCAGCCCCGCGCCGCCGCGGCUCCGGGCACGGGUGGGGUGGCCGGGACCCCGGGUGAGGUUGGGGUCCGUCCCCCCUCACCCCACCCCUUUCGCGGCCAAAGUUUGACUCUGCCUCCUCUCCCCCCUCUCCUGUCUGUCUGUGAGUGCAGCUGGGAGCGAUGCUGAAGACGGAGCAGCCCUGGAUCUAACGCGCGGCGCCUCGGAGAGCCUUGCAGCAAUUGUUGCCCGGAUCCCAGACUGAACUUUGCUCCUUUUUUUUUUUUUUUUUUCCUUCUUACUUUUUUUUAUUCCUUUUUCUUUCGUCGUUUUGUCUUUCCCUCCUGUUAUUGUUAAUUAUCAUUAUCAACCCGCUUCCGCCGCGCCCUCCCCGCCAAUGCCCGUGUGAGCGCCGGCACCUCGCGGGGGCCAUGGAGGGCUCCACCGGGUUUGGGAUCGACUCCAUCCUCUCCCACCGAGCCGGCAGCCCGGCCGUGCCCAAGGGGGACCCGCUGGUGGGGGACGGCCGGUCCCCGCUGGAGCUGAGCCCCCGCUCGGAGGGCAGCAGCGGGUGCCCCUCGCCCCGCUCGCCGGGCCGCGAGUGCCUGGAGGCGGCGGUGCCGCGGCCGGGCCUGGAUGCGCAUCUCCAGCCGGGGCAGGUCUCGGCUCCCUCGCAGUCCCGGACCGUCACCUCCUCCUUCCUCAUCAGAGACAUCCUGGCCGACUGUAAGCCCCUGGCCGCCUGCGCGCCUUACUCCAGCACCAAUGGACCUCACGGCGGGCAGGAGCCGGCGGGCAGGAUCCCCACCAAACCCGGCGAGGAUUUUAGGGAGAAAAUGGAAAAAAACACCAGCGGCUCCUCGUCGGACUCGGAAUACAAAGUGAAAGAAGAAGGGGACCGAGAGAUCUCCAGCUCCCGGGACAGUCCCCCGGUGCGGCUGAAAAAGCCGCGCAAAGCCCGCACCGCCUUCACCGACCAUCAACUGGCCCAGCUGGAGCGCAGCUUCGAGAGACAAAAAUACCUGAGCGUGCAGGACAGGAUGGAACUGGCCGCCUCCCUCAACCUCACCGACACGCAGGUGAAAACGUGGUACCAGAACAGAAGGACCAAGUGGAAAAGGCAGACGGCCGUGGGCCUGGAGCUGCUGGCUGAGGCCGGCAACUAUUCAGCCCUCCAGAGGAUGUUCCCCUCGCCCUACUUCUACCCGCAGAGUUUGGUCUCCAACCUGGACCCCGGCGCCGCCCUCUACCUGUACCGCGGACCCAGCGCGCCGCCCCCCGCCCUACAGAGACCCUUGGUGCCCCGCAUCCUCAUCCACGGACUGCAGGGCGGCAGCGAGCCCCCGCCGCCCCUGCCCCCGCUGCCCGGUGUCCUGCCCCGGGCUGCGCAGCCCCGGUGA